AGGAAAAACGGGAGGGAGGGGACGCCUCCUCCUCCUCGGGCUCGCGGAGAAAGAAGUUCGAGGCGGCCGAGCGCAGAGGGGCAGCCGGGCCGAGGAGAACCGGAGCGGGCCGCCGAACGCCCGCCCGCCCGCGCCGGGGCCAAGAUGGUGUCCUGGAUGAUCUCCCGGGCCGUGGUGUUGGUAUUUGGAAUGCUGUAUCCUGCUUAUUAUUCAUACAAAGCUGUGAAAACAAAAAAUGUCAAGGAAUACGUUCGUUGGAUGAUGUACUGGAUCGUUUUUGCCCUUUAUACCGUGAUUGAAACAUUGGCAGACCUAACCGUUGCUUGGUUUCCCUUGUACUAUGAGAUGAAGAUUGCUUUUGUUAUUUGGCUGCUCUCUCCAUACACCCGAGGGGCAAGUUUAAUCUACAGGAAGUUCCUUCACCCACUACUUUCUUCAAAGGAAAGGGAGAUUGAUGAUUACAUUGUUCAAGCCAAAGAACGAGGUUAUGAGACCAUGGUAAACUUCGGUCGCCAGGGGUUAAACUUAGCAGCCACUGCUGCCGUGACUGCUGCCGUGAAGAGUCAAGGAGCAAUCACUGAACGUCUGAGAAGUUUCAGCAUGCACGAUUUAACAGCCAUUCCAGGAGAGGAACCUGUGGGACAGAGACCAUUUCAGCCUGCCCCCGAAACAAAAAAGAAAACAAAAGCACCUUCCAGCGAAUCCACAGGUUAUGGAAUUCCCUCAAAAGAUGGAGAGGAGAAAACAGAUGAAGAUGGCGAAGGGCCCUAUUCAGAUGAUGAAAUGUUAACACACAGAGGCCUUCGAAGAUCACAAAGCAUGAAGUCAGUGAAGAGCGUCAAAACUCGAAAAGAGGUACGGUAUGGCUCAUUAAAAUAUAAAGUGAAGAAGAGACCACAGGUGUAUUUUUAGGUGACCAAAUAUCUCAAAAGUAAACUGCUGUAAUGCAAUAACUUGAUUUCAGUACAUCAUGUAUUUGUCCAUUUAAAUUAAGUCCUCAAGAACGGUGAUGAUAGGAUGGGUAAAGAUUGCUUUUUAAGUAUAUGGAUAAGUUUUAUUUCUUUACUUAUUACUUAAUAUUCUUGACUAGUAAGAGCAAUUUUGGGUAAAUAUAGUUCUUUCAACUCUGAAGAUAAAUGACAAAUGAUAGAAAAUGUUGCCCCUCUUUAGGUUAGUUAACAGUAAUUGAAUGCUCACUGUACAAGGCUAAAGCACACAUACACAAAACUUCCUUACUAUACUUGAAAAGAACAUUUACAAAGCCUUGAUGGUUAUUGUGAUUUGCUUACCUCCAUUUGUGCUAUGUAAAUUAUAUGAUGAGUCACGAAAAAGACCCAUUUAUUCUAAACAUUUGCAUUGGCACAGUGAACACCGAAGGAGAGACAUUCAGGUCCAUUUUGUGUGUCCUCUUGUGAGAUUUCCACAUCUCCUAAUCCUCACCAAGUUUUAAAACUAAUUUGAAAACCAGGUAUCUACAGCCAGCACUUUUAUACUUAGACAGCUUUGCACACUUGAAAUGGUUUACUUAUUUACAGCUGUACCUUUUUAUUGAAGCUAUUUUCACUAUUCUUUGUCUCAUUUUGCUAUGUCAUAUAUAUGCUUUGUUCUGUUUAAUUUCUCUUCCUUUGGGUUUAAUUCUUUAAAUGUAUUUUGAAAACGUGAAGUGUAACUGACCUUUUCACUAAGUAUCCAUUUUAGGUUUUUAAAAUCACUUUCCCUUCUCUUGAAUGAGAAGCAACAAGUAACUGACAACGACUUUUGCAUUUGCAAUUCUGUCUUGCAAACAGAGUAUGUUCCUAUUAGUAGUACUUAUUAAGCUUUUAAAAAACAUUAGUUUAAAUUUCGUAUGGUAAAUGAUCCAACAGUGCACCCCAAUUUCAUGAACUGGCUCAAAGCUUGAAGCAUAAAUUCUUGGUUUUAUGUGAAUCUUAGUGAUCGAUUUCUGAGUCUGGCAUUGGCCAGAUCCAUUUCUUUGAACCACUCCUCUUCUGGCUAAGCUCUCUCCCCUGAGGAUGAGGACAUCCCAAUGUGAAAUAUAAGGAUUGUUAUCUUUCUUUCAUCUGAAAAACCAUUUCUGUCUGAGGAAAAUGUAUCCUAAUGAGUCUUCUUUUAGCAAGAGGUUUAGGGGUUUAAAUUAUUGAGGCUCGAAUAAUGGACUCUUAGUAUUAUGUACCCGGAUUGCUUUCUUCACAUUGAAAACCAAAGUCUUUUGAAUGUGAUGCUGUAUUUUUUUUUUAAGCCAAAGUCUUUUGACUAUGAAACAAAAUGUGUUUUUUGAAAUUGGAUUUCCACUUCAAAGCACUGGUGACCAUUUAGUGAUCAGGAAAUUGAAAUUUUAGAAUAUCUCACCCAUGAAUUGCAGAUGGAAUUACAUUUGUUCAGAAGUUUUAUUCUGAUAUUCUACUACAUCUCCCCAAUUCUUUCAUGCUCCUCUCCUCUGAUAUCCCCCCCAAAAAAACUGUGACAGUGAAAGCUCUUGGUCCUUUUGUCUUCUGCACCUCUUCUGGAAUGAGUGUGUUCCACUGAUGGGAAGAAAGUUGGCUGGGCAAUCAAGUCCCUAUUGAUACAUGGCACACUUCCCACCCAUGUCCUUUCUCCUUCGUAACUCAGACUCCUGAUAAUUAGCAUAAGGCAAAAAUUAGUCAUUCUUUUCCCCCCCAGAAUUAGCUCAUAAGAGUAACUACAUAAUCAUCUUCUCCUUGAUUAUUUGUUUAAGAUAAUUCACCACUUUGUUGAAUUGCUGGGAUUUGUGAUCACCGGCUCUUCAGGGAGAAAGCUUUGUUUACAUGCUCUGCGUGCUGGGCUUGUUCACGCUAGUUAGAGAAAAUUGCGGCAUUCUCUUCUGCAGAAAACUUCUUGGUUGUGAGGGUCAUCCUCUGCACUCCUCAAGUCCAUGAAAGCUUGAAGAGUGUGCUAAUUGGCUUCAUGUAGGCCAUUUAUAACUAAGUCCACAGUGUAGUGUAGCUUGUCUUACUGAUCUUCCAUCGAUGGAUAAAAAUCUUGUUCAGCAGGAAAGAGGCAGAAGCACUUUCGAACUUGGGAGGGGGCAUCAUCCUCUCAGUAACAGAAUUUUGUCUAGAACCAUAGUUCCUGAGUGAAGGUUAGAAAUAGAAGCCUUUUAGAAUUACAGGGACAUUUUAAAAUUCCCUCUUCCUCCCAAACUAUUUCUGGUCCCCAUUUUCAGAGGCCACAGAUAAUGUCACAGUUUGCUCUGUUGCCUUCUUGAUUCUUUCCACUUCCUGUGCCCCCUUUCCCUGUUACUUUUGGAAUAUUUUCGUAAUGCUCCUUCUUUAAUCAUUUGCUGUCUUGUUUUGUUUUUCACAGCUUUUACAUGUGUUUUGGGGUCCAGUCUUCCAUGAGAUUUUAGAUUUUUAAAAAAAUACCCCUGUUGUCUCCUUUUCCUUUACUAUUGGAAAAUCCCUUUUUGUUCAUUGUAUUCUACUCUUAAACCUUCCAAGAGAUGAUCACUUUUCAAGUUAGGGUGCCUUGUCUCUUAAGGGGCACUGCUGGAAAGCCACCUCUCUCAGCCCUUGCCAGCCACGCCUACAGCCAGCAGGUGCCCUUGCCUAUCUGUAGCACUUCUUCCACAACCAGUUAAGUUUAUCUGUUUGUAUUUUGUUAUAUUGUGGAAUUAGUUUGUCAUUAACAAAAAUUAGGUAUUUCCAGAGUUUAUUCAGAGUAGCAAGCACUUAGCCUUGCAGCCUAUACCAUUUUUCCUUUAAAGUGAGCCAGAAAUGUAUAAUAUUGACGAGAAAAUGUGUUUGUCUACACAUGUACAAACAUGUUCAAUACAGUCAGACUCUCCCUGGGACCCUUUCAGAUACAAUGGAUUUUGAUUAAAGAAUGAUUAUAGCCAUCAUUACCAGCCAUGAUUACUUAACCAUAUUUUGUUGGUUAUGUAGAACAAAAAUUUUAAAGCAUUUUCAGGGAACUUAAUACACAUGUCACCACCAAAGAUUUCUACAGUGUUAUGAAUUAUGUAUCAGAAACUGCUGAAAAACAUGAAUUAACUAAAAUGUGCUUUCCUUUUUUUUUUCUUGACUAAAGCAAUUUGCUCAAGUGUUUGAACUUUGUUUUGUUAAGCAUUCACCUCCAUCAAAACAUCAUUCAUCAGGUUCCAUGCCUGUUUUAAUUAAAAUCCCUUCUUCCAAAGUUUAAUUUUGAUCAUUUUUAUCAAGAGAAUUCUAAGGAAAAAGUAUAUAUUUAAAGCAAAACAACUAGUGUUUUCUUGAUACACUGAAUAAAACAACAAAGAUGCAGUUGUUGAGAAAUAUGCUACUUUGUAGCAUGCAUGGCAUAUUUUAAAAUAAACACAUUGUUAUUAUUUGAAA